UAUCGGCACCAUGUAGAUUAUAUUUCGGUAUUGUUUAUUUAACCGGUUAAAACAAGUAACCGUUCCUAAUCCCAUGUCCUACUGAGCAAGUGGUAUAUAAUUUAUUUUUGCGAAUUGAGAGAUAGGUAUAUAGGUACAGCCUGGAAAUAUUAUGGCUACAUCUUCUCAACAUGUCGGCGAUAAUGUUUCAGGAAGGCAAGUACACUUCCUAUGAUGCCAUACCUCGUAUGUCGUACAGAUUAUUUAGGUCCACCAAAACAAUAAUAUAAAGCGAUAAAAAAACUUAUCACUCAAUAAAACGAAAAACUAUAUUUAUUAUACUUAUGCAUAGUAUAGCUAAGCUAAUAAAAUAGGUACACUUUAUGGAAACAAACCGCUAGUCAUAAAAUACACUAUGUUUUUAGUCAGGACUGCGAUUUUGUGUUUUUAUUUAAAUUUUUGCUUUGCUUUUGUUGAUAAGGAACAAAAUGGCGCAUCAGUAGUUAAAUUCAAAGUGAACGUGGACUACAACGAGCCCCAAGAAGUUCAACUCAAAACCAGCAGACGUCGGCACCAUGAUAAUAAGAAAGCUUUACGAAUCCGAAACGACCAUCUCCUGGACCGCAACAGGGAGAACUUGAGGAUUCGCGGUGGAAAUACCACCGAUACUAAGAACUUUCCGUACAUCGCUGCAAUUAUUAUAAACGGAAGGCUUUGGUGCGCUGGCACCAUUGUCGAUGUUAACUGGGUGCUAACAGCUGCACAUUGCUUGAACUACGUCCUCCAUGUUGCACCAAUGAAAACCUUGGGCAGAUACGUUAAAGUGCGGGUUGGCAGUGCACACCCGCACGAGGGAGGCCAGCUAGUGGAUGUGGCGGGAGCUGUUAGACACCCUAAAUUUGAAGAGGAACCAGUGCCGCACGCAGACAUUGCGUUGUUGAAGCUUGCUGAAAAUUUGGAAUUCCAACGGCACAUCAAUUUGAUCAGAAUCUACGACGGGAUGAAGGAGCCUUAUGCACAGAGCUUCGUGUCUGUUACUGGCUGGGGAGCUACACGCGGAUCAGACACGGCAUUUAGAGAUCACACACCGGAUCUGAUGACAGCGCGCCUCAAAGUACGUACCCGGGGAUUUUGUAGCGACGCAUACCAGCUCGUCAGCGGCUUCCAGUUUACGCCUGACUUCUUCUGCGCCUCUUUGAGGGAAGGUAUCAGAGAUGCGUGUUUGUUCGACGCCGGGGCCCCGGCUGUGCAAUACAACCGCCUUCUGGGAGUGAUGAGCUUUGGUCCAGAGCGCUGUGGGCACACGACUCAGCCGGCUGUAUUUAUCAAAGCGUUUUACUUUAGGGACUUCGUAAAGCACACGAUAUCGUCUUACAAAACAACAGCAGAACUGAUUGAAGCUAUGAAAGACAUAGACCCCGUGGUGCGGCCGCCGGUGCAUAUACGCGAUGAUGUGGAAGCAGUUCAGAACCCAGAGGAAGUCACGCAGCCUGACAACAGGCACGAUUGAAACAAUCGCAUUCCAUCUGAACUUUGGAAUCUUAACUCAAAAUAAAUGACGUUGAAAGUAAACUAUUAAUAA